GUCGCUGGUGUUCCAUAAGUGGUUGUCGUAAGCGCUUUAAUCACUUGGACGCUUGAAUUGCAUUACGCGGCAUUUGUUUACAUUAGAAACCAAAAUGAACAGUCGAUAAAUUGACCAUACUAUGCCCCAAUAUUGUUGUGUGCCCGGCUGCAAUAAUUCCGAAGGCGGUCACAGAUUUCCAAAAGACACUGAAUUCAAUUUGAAAUGGAGAGUGGCCAUAAAAAGACUUGAUCCAUCCAACAAAAAGUUAUGGAAACCAGGAAAAUACGACCAAGUUUGUCACAAUCAUUUCACGCCAGGAGAUUAUAGAACCACUGGAUUAGGUGAACGUUCACGGUUGAAGGCUGAAGCAAUACCAUCAAUUUUUAAUUUCGGACCAUCUAUAAAAGAAGAAUCACCAAGAGCUAAACGUUUCAAACAGAGAUCUGCAGAUGAGCCAAUACUGAUACUUAAUAAUUUUGAUUAUCCAUAUGAAGCAGAAGUAAUUUCGUCUGAACCUAACAGUGAGAAGCCUAUUAUAACAGUAGAUGAUGUUUCCUCUAGAUCUAAGAACCAAGGAAUUCAAUGUGAUAUUCCUUCAUUUGGAACAUUUAGCAUAAAAAGCUUCAAGUUCAAUGAUAAAUUGAUAAAUUAUUACACUGGUUUUGAUGAUUAUGAUCAUUUUAUGAUAUUUUUUCAUUGUCUUGGACAAGCCGCAUAUGAACUCCAGUACAAGUGCUCUUUAUUACACCCAACAGAUCAACUGUUUUUAACCUUGAUAAAAUUGAGGCAGGCAAAAGAGGAUGUAGAACUGGCAAUGUUGUUCAAAAUUUCAGAGUCUACAGUUUCUAGAGUUAUCAUGACAUGGAUAAAUUUUUUAUACUUUCAAUUGAAAGAAUUAGAUGUGUGGCCAUCAAAAGAAAUCAUAGAAGAAACUAUGCCAGUUGACUUCAAGAAAAAGUUUCCCAAUACUCGUGUUAUCUUAGAUGCAACUGAGGUACCAAUUGAAAAACCCACAAAUGUGAGUUGCCAAAGCACCACUUGGUCAAACUAUAAACAUAGAAACACUCUGAAAACUAUGAUUGGCUGUAGUCCGAGGGGAGCCGUAACUUUUGUGUCAGAUGCUUUUGGUGGAUCUGCAAGUGACAGACAAAUUGUAGAAAAAUCUGAACUACUUAAUCCAGACAUCAAAAUGUUUAACAAAGGGGACAGUAUAAUGGCAGAUAGGGGGAUUAUGGUUCAAGAUUUAUUCGCCAGUCAAGAUGUGUAUGUUAACACACCAACCUUUUUAAAAGGGAAAUCCCAACUUGAUCCCAAGGAAGUGGUCCAUGAUAGGAGAGUAGCAUCUAAAAGAAUUCACAUCGAAAGAGUAAUCGGAUUGUCGAAAAGUUACAAAAUUCUGAAACAUGGCAUUCCACGUGGAAAACUUCAACUUGGUUCCAGAGUGUGCUUUGUCCUUUCUAAUUUUAGAAAAAAUAGUGUACAUAAAAACGCAUAA